AUGUCUAAACAACCACCCUCCUACGACCUCGACAACGACCCCUCCGACCCUCCCCCCGCCUACACCUCACUCACCUCCCCCUCCCCCUCCUCAUUCUCACAACAACUCCCCCAAACCCUCUCCUCCCUCACCUCCCUCCUCCGCACAACCCAAGCCCAACAAUCCGCCCUCGCCUCCCACAAAACAACAACCCUCCUGCCCCUCCUCACCCCGCACCUCGCCGCCCUCCUCACAACCCUCGCAACAUCCCCCUCCCCGCCGCCCCUCGCCGAGCUCGUCUUCGUCCCCGCCGCCGCCGUAGACCCCCGCUGGAGCAUCGCCUCCGAGACAAACGAAGUCGUGCAAGUCAUCCGCGUCUCUCCCGCAGAUUCAAAGGAACCUCCCUCAAAAUCGGGACGAACCCCCCCAACAGGCCCCUCCUCAUCCUCAUCCUCCUCCCUCCGCGAACCCUCCUCCUCAUCCUCUCUCCGCCCCAACCCGCCCGCCGCCUUCGACGAAUGGGGCCGCUGGUCCGACUCCUCCUCCUCCUCGCCCGAAACCAGCAGCGAGGAAGAGUGGUGGUGGGCCGACGAGGACAUGGCCCGCCGCCUCGCGCGGCAGCUCCAGCCCGAGCCGAGGCUCGACCGCACCGUCGUGCGGCAGGUCGUGGAGCAGGUCAUCCAGGAGAAGAAGAAGGCGCGGGGGUGGGGACUGUUCAGGGGGGGAUCGUCAUCCGAGGCGGCAGCAAGUUCGUCGUCGUCUUCGGCACCGCCGCCGGACGUCAGCAAGGCAAGGCAGCAGCAGCAGCAGGACGAGGAUAGGAAGUGA